AUGUCAGAAGAGUUGACUCUCCCUCCUCUCCCUGCUGUGUCUUGGGAUGAGCAGUCCCAAACUUUCAGCAACAACCCCCGGAAACGCGUCCGCAAUGCCGGUUCCAAGCACGCGCCUCCCUCGGGCUUCAACAAUUCAAGUGAUCCCGCCAUAUUCUCUAGUGAUGACGAUCCCGCGUUGGACAACUAUGUAGAAGGCAGGCGAAAGAAGAGAUACAUUGGUUCUUGGUUUCAACAGCAUCCCACUUCUUCCGACUCAACUUUUAGUGAGAUUCACGUUCCUAAGCAGAGGCGCCCAUGGACGCGACAGGCAGACAGUGGUGUCUUCCUGGGCAGCGAUGGCAAUGAGAGCGAGGAUAUGCUCGAACUCGUUCCUGAAAACCCAAAACCCAGACUGCCCCAACUUGAUCGUGUGGUGCGCCGCGUCUCAAGGGCCGAGCAAGUUGCACGCGACAAGGUUCGCACCUGUCUUGAGACGGGCGAAGAGACGGUUGACUUUUGGUCGAUGGGGCUGGAAGAUGUCUCCAACGACACCAUUAGUCCUUUGUCCCAGUUCACCUGCAUUCCCAUCGUCACCAAGGAUGUAGCCUUUGAGCAAAACGACCCGGAGCUCAAGAUCUACAUGGCCCAGAACCGGCUAACAAGGGUUCCUGGUGCCAUCUUCGACUUGACCUACCUCACUAUCCUCAGUCUCCGUCACAACAAACUCACCGAGCUCCCUCCUGGCAUCGGUAAAUUACAGCAUCUCAAGGAGCUCAAUGUGUCACAAAACCGUUUGCGACAUUUACCAGUUGAGCUGCUGGAUCUAUUUACAUCAGAUAGCAAACUCGACACACUUGUUGUUCACCCCAACCCUUUCUGGCAACCAAAUCAAAGCUUGGGGCAGAACGAAGGGAAGCCAAAUAAUGUGCUUCUUUCUCACACAGAAUCAGAACCUUCUUCUGUACCACACUUGGUAAGUCGAGUGUUGGGGAAGUCUCCUUCACAGCUCUCAGAUACUAUGGGACGGGUCGUAUCAGACUUCAAGUUUCCAACAGACCAUCGGGAACUCAUCUUGCCCGUUGAUGAGGGAGAACCCGAGUUUUCACCAUCAGCAUCCGUCUCAUCCAUGACAGAGUCGCAACGUCUCCAAGGGGCAAGCCGCGUUCCGAGUCUUCUGGAGACAGCCCUCCGAGCCUGCUAUUCUACUUCUCAGCUUUCAGAAAUGGCAGUUUACAUCCCUGAGGGUCUUAACCACCUCAGGAGGCUUCUAGAGCGAGCACAGCGACAAAAAGAAGCCGGUGGAUUGACUUGUGCACAUUGUCGGAAGAUGAUGGUUAUUCCGACUGUCGAGUGGGUUGAAUGGCGAGAAGUUCGAACCUGUAAAAAGGUCGACUCAUCUGUCCUGCGGGUGACACCGCUGAGUAUGGCAGAGGGUGAGAGGACCAUUCCAUUUAUCCACCGAGGAUGCUCAUGGCGAUGCGGGCCAGGAGAAUUGGAUAAGAGUAGUUGGAGUCUGCCGAGAGGGAAUCUUGUUUCUGUCACUGAUGAGGAAAAUCAGCAAUCAUGA